UCCGGUCGUUGCGCGUCUCCUGAGCAGACAUCAGACCGUCGCCUCGGUUCUCCGGUGUUUAUUCGUGAGAAGCGGCUCAUGAUGCGAGGUUUAUCGGUUCUUCAGCUGCUGCUCGUGACGCUGAGCGCGGGAGAAGCUCGGGAGAUCGGCGGCGGGAAUUUCCUGGAAGACGAGCAGCAGUGGCUCUCAACAGUCCACCGCUACAGCCGCACCGUGAAGCACUGGAACCGCUUCAGAGACGAAGUGGAGGAUGACUACAUCCGUACACUUGGAGGUCCACGGGCUUCAGAUGAAAGUGUGGACACCACGAAGGAUCCGUGUCAGAAGGUGAAGUGCAGCCGUCACAAGGUGUGUGUGGCUCAGGGAUAUCAGAGAGCGAUGUGUGUGAACCGCAGCAAACUCCAGCACAGAAUCAAAGAGUCUGGACUGAAGCCUCACGCUAACAACUGUAACCCCUGUUCAGAGACAACCUCGACACCUGUGUGUGGAUCAGACGGACACAACUACAACUCACAGUGUAAGCUGGAGCAGCAGGCGUGUUUGUCGGGGAAGGAUCUGUCCGUUCUGUGUUCUGGUUCUUGUCCUUGUAUCAGUCCUGGACUUCCUAAAGCAGAACCCAAGAUCAAGACAAAUCCAGAGACGUCACCCGAACCCAAACCAGAGCUCUGCACCGGUCAGGAUUUGGCAGAUUUGGGCGACAGACUCCGAGACUGGUUUCAGCUUCUCCACGGAAAUGCAAAACAGAACAACUCUGGAAGACAAAGCACAGCAUCAGUGUUUGACCGGGGGCUCGUGGCCGGCUGUAAGGACUCCAUUGGCUGGAUGUUCUCCAAGCUGGACACCAGUAAUGACCUGUUCCUGGAUCAGUCCGAGCUGGCCGCCAUAAACCUGGAGAAGUAUGAAGUGUGCAUCAGGCCCUUCUUUAACUCGUGCGACUCGUACCGCGACGGGAAGGUGUCCACAGCAGAAUGGUGCCUGUGCUUCUGGAGAGAGAAACCUCCAUGUCUGGCUGAAAUCGAGAGGAUUCAGAUACAAGAGCCAUCUAAGAGGAAACCGGGCAUGUACAUCCCCAGCUGUGAUGAGGACGGUUAUUACCGGAAGCUGCAGUGUGACCGCAGCCGCAGCGAGUGUUGGUGUGUCGACCCUCACGGAGCCGAGGCCCCGGGGUCCCGGAUCCACGGAAACCCUGACUGCGACGAGCUGCUCAGCUCCGGAGAUUUUAGCAGCGGCGUCGGCUGGGAGGACGAGGAGGAGAAAGACGUGGAUGAGAACGCAGAGGAAGAGGAGGAGGAGGAAGAGGAGUCUGACGACGGCGGGUACAUCUGGUAAAACAUCACCAGCGUCUGCUGUCCGGUGCACCUGAUCUACUCCUGCUUCCUGAAGCAUCCCACCAGCGGAUGAGUUUGCAUUUCAGUGUUUUUCAUUUCUGACAUGGCUUUAACGGAUGCACGAUUCAGAUGCAAGAGAGACUCAAACUCUGCGACACGCAAACAUGAAGCCCGGAGUUUGAUGCAUCAUCAUUAACAGGGUAUCACGGUUUAUUUGAGGGGAUUUAUGCAACAGAACUUGGUUUCUAAACCUCUGGAGAUCAGGUUUACACUCACUGUACUGUGUGAACGUGACUAUAAUCAUGAGUUUCAGCUUCUGUCUCUCUAAAAAUCAUGUUUUUUAUGCUCUUAUGCACUAAAAAUCAUAAUGCAUAUUCCCUACAUUAAUGCUCAGACACGAUCAGAGAGUUACUGAUAAUUCAGAUAUGCACAUUUAUGAUAUUUGCUUUCUGGAACAGCUAUAAAAAAAGUCUCAAUUUAAUAUUUUCAUAUUUCAAAAAUCCAUUCACAAAUUAAAAAAAAUAAUUCUAAUCAAAUGUUAUGAUUAUGAAUAAGGUAAUGAAUUGAUCAAUUGUUGUUUGUAAAUACAUCAACUUUUUGUGAAUGUGAAUUAGCUUUAGUUCGAGUUUAUUACAAUUUAUAAGUAAUGCAUUUAUUAUUUAAUUAAGUAUAGAUUUGCAAAAUUGAUAAGCUCAUAAUCUUAUUCAUAUUGACAAAAUAUGAUUUGCAAAUACACAAAUUUACAUCCACACACACACAAAAAAUGUGAAUUUGCUUGCGGAAAUGUGCAAAGAUACUUUAUUAUAUAUAUAUUUGCAAACAUAAACUGACAAACUCAUACCUAAUUUAUAUUCAGAAAAUAUGCAUUGCACAAUUAAAAAUUAACUAAAUGCAAAACCAAAUUCUUAAAUACAAAAGUAUGUUUGCGUCUUCCUGAAACCGAUUGAAUUCUUUGUAGAUUUGCUUGCAUUUAAGUAAAUAUUUAUAAUUUUUAUGUGAUGCAUUUCUAAGUGUUUAUUAAAAAUAUAAAUUUGCAUAUCCUUCUAAUUUAUAAGUAAUGUAUUUAUAAGUAUGUAUUUAUUAUAUUAUAAUUUUGCAUUUGUUUAAAAUGUAAAAGUAACUUUUAUUAUAAGUAUAUAACGGCAAACAUAAAAAGACAAACUCAUGACCUUUCAUAUUCACAAAAUAUGAUUUUUAAAUUCAAAACCUAGUUUAUAAACACAAGUAUGUUUGUGUCUUUUCUUACAUUCACAGAUUAUGAUUUGCACAAUAAAAUUUACAUCCACAAAAUAAGAUUAUGAAUAAUGAACUGGCUUUUUUUUGUGUGUGUGUGUGUGAAUGUGAAACAGUGUAUGCUUUUGUGAAUCAUAUUUGUUAAAUGAAUUCAUUUUGAGACUAUUUUAGCUCCAUUUGCUCUGGCCAUAAAAAUAAUUGCAAAAGAAUCAAUGUAGCAAACACAGACAUGCAAUUAACUUAAUUAUGAUGACUGACAACUGAGAACUUUGAUUUCACACUCGUCUCUGAAUCAGAACUGACUCCGGUUUCUUGACUGCGUCAAGGUUGUGUUUUACCUGAAGCCUGUGUGGGAUGUCAAAAGUCAUUUCUGCUAAAAAAAAAAAAACAUGAAACGUUACGAGUUAUUAAAUAUGUAAAUGUUCUUGGCUUUAUUUUUCAUAUUGCAUGAUCGUUCACAGCAGAAAGCUCUUUCUCUGUAAAACAGCAGUUAAAGCGUGAUGUUGAGAAGCUCGGCGCCUCCAAAUCUGUGAAAUAAAAUGUUGUAAAUACCUGAA